CUCAGAGCACAUCAGCUCAAUAUUGCUCCGCCGCCGGCCGCCAGCCGCCAGUUCCGAUUUCAUUUUCGCCGCCGCCGCCGCUUCCUCUCAUUCGGCAACAUUACUCUCGGCACCGAAGUUGGCAACUUCUGCUGUCAAGUGACCUAAUUGGCCUUUCUUGCUGGAAUGAUGUCAUGUCUCGGACAAUCGUCGUCGUCCACAAAUACCCAAUUGGAUGUGAACACACCGAUAUCAAGUGACGAAACGACUCCUUCAUCUGUCAACCUCACCAAAGAAUACGCCGUUGCUAUUCAGAGUGCCUCUUAUAGUGAAAUAUGGUCCAAGAUUCACUAUGAAGUCACCUCUUACCACGGGAAUGGAGAGGAAGAUUUGCAAGUAGAGGAGGUCCUUAAACCAAGCCGCGAAUGUGUUAAAGAUGCAUUGUCUCAUAUCAAACCUUACAUGCUAAGCCAAAUUGUUAUAAACUACUUUGAGCAUAGUGAGCAAACAACUCAGUUAUGUCUCUCCCUUGCUCGGUGCAUCCACCGUGCUCACCAAUUAUAUUCCCCCCUUCAUAAACUUCUUGACUGUUUAUCUAUGGAUUUUGAAUCCCCUUCCAGUUCUGCUAAAAAUAAGGUCGGGUCUAGCUCAAAAUAUUCCUUAUCCCAACCCCAAUGUGCUUGGGCAUUUGAUGCCUUCAAAAAGUUUGUGGAACUAGACAAUCCCUUCCCAAGCCCAGACUCCCACAGCUUCAGCAACAUGCAUAGCUCCUUCACUCAGCUCAAGCACCAUCUUGACAUUCAUCUCCAAAAGUCCCGCUCGAAGGUGCAACUUCUUCGUGGAGCCACCAAAGGGGCUGCCGUGUGUUUGAUUGUGACCACUGUUGGAGUAGUCAUAACUGCGAUUGUUAUAGCUGCGCACGCUCUCGUUGCUUUGGUUGCUUCUCCAAUAUGCCCUUUUAUUUUCCCUUCCAAGAUGAGCGAGGAAGAAAUGGCACGUCUAGUGCAACUCGAUGAUGCAGCGAAGGGCAUUUUCGUCCUUCACAACCACCUAGAAACCGUCGAUUGCUUGGUGGCUCGUCUGCACAAUGCAAUGGAGGACUAUAACCGUCUUGUGCGGUUUGGGAUUGAGAGGGGAAACGACAGUUAUCCCAUCCAAGAAGUCAUAUCUCAGCUCCAAAAACGGCAUGACAAUUUCCUCGAUCAGUUGAAUGGUCUUGAGGAACAUUUGUGCCUUUGUCUUGCUGCUAUAAACCGGGCUCGAUCUCUCCUCCUCAACUGUUUUCAUGUACUUCAUUAUCACUCUUGAUAGCUGAUCCAAUUUAUGUAACAGUUUAACAUAUGAGCAUACAAACAGCUGAUGUCAAACAUUUUGUGGGGGUUGAAGGACAACAUUAUUAUUGUCAUCCUUAAAAACAAAAAGGUCCAUAUUGU